AUGACAACAUCGGCAAAGACAACAUCUAUGACAACUAAUGAACCGACAACUACUCCAACCACAGAACCAAGUACUUCUACUGAAACGACUACAGUGUCAUCUACAACUACUAGGGAGGCGACAACAGAGCCUAUGUCAUCUACCAUGAGAACAUCUGAGACAAUAAUGACGACAACCAACUCAGAACCCGUAACUGAGCCGACAACUUUAGUAUCGACUCAUGCGUCAUCGACUACGGUAGAGACAACAUCUAUGGCAACUAAUGAACCGACACCUACUCCCAUUGCGACAACCACAGAACCUAGUACUACUACUGAAUCGACCUCAACAGCCGUCUGGACUACUACAGCAGAACCAAAUUUCUCUACCAUGAGCACAACUGAGCCAAAAACUACGGUGGAGGCAACAUCUAUGACAACUAAUGAUCCGACAACUACUCCUCUCACGACAACCACAGAACCAAUUACUUCUACUGAAACGGCCACAGUGUCAUCAACAACUUCUACGGAGGCGAUAACAAAGCCGAUGUUUUCUACCGUAACCACAUCUGAGACAACUACUAUUUUGAGUACUACGGAAUCCACGACAUGGGAGGAAAUCACAGAGCCGACAAUUUUAACAACUUUCUCCUCCACCACCCAAGAUACAACGUCUCUUGCCAUGAUGACAACCGAAUCUUCGACUGCUAUUUCAACAUCUGUUACCACAGAUCCAACGACUACGUUGACUACAGCUGAACCCACAUACGCUACAUCUGCUACCUUGGUUUCUGUAGAACCCUCAACUGAGCCAGCCCUUACUGUGACUGCUGUCACACCAACAAGUCUAUCAACUUUAUCAAGUACCAAGGAUUUCACGACUACUUAUAAUUUUCUAACAACUUCUAUCAGGCUGAUAGCUAUGGCAUCCUCAGAAAGUUCCAAGGAGACUAGUUUCACUGAACAAAUGAGAUUGGCUACUGAGACUUACUCGAUACAUUCUUAA